UGUUCGGGCAGGACAAGGAAGAACGUAUUGUGUCUUGAAAACACAGAGCUGUCUGUGCCUUAAUUAUCAUAUCUUCAGUUCACACGUUGCACCAAUCUGACCAUGAAAAUGGCUGAAGGCGGGCACAUCCCGGAACUAGACUUACACUUACUGGAGUGUCCUAUCUGUCUGGAGCGACUUCGGCAACCUAAAACCCUACCCUGCCUCCACUGCUUCUGUCAGGAUUGCCUCGGGAUCUACAUCACCAAGGAGUUGUCUGGUAAGAUGGCGUCAGCGACAUCCUUUCCGUGUCCAGUUUGCAGAGGGAUGGCUACGCCUGUCAAUCAAGCGGAAACCAAAGAAAACUGGGCUAAACAGUUUCCAACUAAUGGUGUGAUCCAAGAACUGAUCAAGCUUAAGGAACAGUCGUCUGAACCACUGUACUGCACACCUUGUCAAACAAAAGGUAAUCCGUCCAAUCCUGCCAAGUUCUGGUGUAAGAAAAUGGAAUCCGGUUUUUGUGAGACUUGUAAAGUUGAUUACCACGAUAUCAUACAUUUUGAAUGCGAUGUUUUAGAUAUUACCAGGCAUGACAACAAUAGACCAAAACAGAACUCUGUUCCUCACUGUGACCAACACGACGAGGAUAUGGUUUGGUAUUGUGAAGAUCACAAACAUCUCGGUUGUAACAUAUGCGUUUUAAAAGACCACAGACGUUGUGAAGCAGUGACAACAACGAAAGAGUAUUUUCAGAAGUUGAAAGCAGGAUCGCAACUGACAGAUAUGCAGGCAGCACUGAAGAAAGGUUCAGAGGUCAUGAACUCCUUAGUGAAGGACUUUGACGAACAGCUACAAGCUAUGGUAAAGAACCAAGAAAUCGCACUCCAGAGUAUUACAGAUCUACGUCAUAGAGUCGACAAACGGCUUGACGAGCUUCAGAAGAACUGCACAGACAAGUUAAUAACGCUGUUCAAAGACGAAAAGAGGAAAUUAGACGACUCCUUCCGGCAAUGCGAACGUCUAAAGAACAGUAUGCGAAACACCCUGAAGUCGUCCAUUAAAGCUACAGAGUGAAAUGAAAACACGGAAACAAUAGUGUUGUAUAAGAGAGGACAGGCUGAAGUGGAGUCGUGUAAGACCGUGGUCAUGGAGAUGAACGAAUCUUUCACGUCCGUCAAUAUUCAGCAUCAGACCGAACACGAACUUGUGACCUUCGGUAAUGGCGCUAUGGGGAAUAUCGUCAUUGAGAAACCACCACGACGCUUUCCUGAGAGUCAUGGUUACCUAGCUUCACCAAUGUCCGGGCGUCGCGUAAGAGAAGUACAACAGUUUGAUAUAAAAACUACAUCAGAUGAGAAAGUUUGUUAUGCAACUGGCGUUGUGUUCCUUCCGUAUAAUCAAGUAGUAGUAAGUGAUCACAGCAACAAAAAGCUGAAGCUGUUUACAGAUAAAGGACAGCACCUGGAUGAGUUGACCAUACGAGGAAGUCCCUUUGAUGUUUGUUUUGUGGACGAUGAAACAGUGGCUGUGGCAGUUAGCAGCCCUGGUGGUGUCCAUGUCGUGAAAGUCGAAAACUCUAAAAUCUCACUUUCUUCCGUGAUCUGUAUGCCAGAUAAUAAAGGCUGCCGGGGUGUAACCUAUAUCAAUGGGAAGUUUGUCGUUUGUACAGACACAGAAGAAGCAAAAGUGUACAGUGUGACACAGGACGGCUCUGCUGAGCUGUUAUAUCAGUAUAGUGGUAGGUGUUAUUUCGUCUCACAUGACCAAACAAAUAAAGACAUACUGAUCAGUUGUCUUAAUUACACUUAGGGGAAAGUUGUGCUGUCCAGACUGUCGGCUGACAAACAUCUAAAGAGUUUGUUGAAAGUCGGUCUCGUGAGUAAUGCUACUGGACUUAACGUUGAUAGAGAGGGAAACAUCUACUUGUGUGGCUUUGCUUCACAAAACGUCGUACAGAUAUCUGGGGACGGAACACACGUCAGGGAACUGCUGACGUCAGCAGAUGAAAUCUGAAAAUUGACAAAUUCCUUCAGGAACAAAAUAUUCAGAUACAUCUUCAAAUUUUAACUUACCUUAUAUAAUAUUAAGUCUGGAAAUAAUUGAAAUGUAGUGGUUUAUCAAGUAUGGCAAGUGACAAUAAUACCAGCUAAUACAAAAAAAAAAACACCACUAAAUUUACAAAAAAAAGUCAAAAAUCUUCUCACACAGUUUGUUUGGUUAUCUUCCUUGAUUUUGUAUGACAAUAAAACUGUUAAUCUUUUGAAAAAUAUUGA